AUGGCCUCUUCCCAACAAGCCACCAAGGUUAGCUAUGCCGAUAUUGCGAGUCGGCUAGCUGCUACCAUGCAACCCAGGGUAGCAAGGCCGGAAUACUCCAAUAUCGUGAAAGUGAAGCCAAGCGGGGGCAAAACUUUCGGUAGCACGAAGUCGAAGGUUAUCGGCGACUUCAUCCGUAAAGAGUGGAAUGAUAACAGUGAACUUGGUCAAAGCGUGCUUAGUUUAUCAAAAGUGAGAAGAGUUCGUGGUGGCCACAGGGCAUUUGUAAAGAGAACAAUACAAUCAUCUGACAAUUCAAUUGAUGAAUUUUCAAAUUCACCGAGAGAAAUAGAGAUUUUAGAAGGUUUCAAAGCAACAUUGAGUGAGAAGAAAUCAGUCCUUAGAAAUCAUGAGGAGAAGAUCCUUGAAUUCAUUGAAAGUGAAGAAGAAAUCAUGCAUGACAUUUCUGAGUCAAGUGAAUUUUGUGAACUUAUAAACAGAACUAUUUUUAGAAUUGAGUCGUGUCUUAAUCCGAAACCUCCACAGAUUGUGCCUACGGUAGAACAUUCAAAUAGUUUACCUGCUCCUGCUAUAGACAUUAUACCUAGACCAAAUAAUCCUAAAUUGACUGCUAAGCUUCCUAAAUUGACAUUGACUUCUUAUAAUGGUGAUCCUAAAUCAUGGCAAUCAUUUUGGGACAGUUUUGAUGCUGCAGUGAAUAGUAAUGACAGUAUUUCCAAGGUUGACAAGUUCCAUUAUUUGAAGGGACUUUUAGAGGGUGCAGCCUCAUUGUGUAUAGCAGGUCUAUCUUUGACUGAACAUAACUAUGACUCAGCUGUUGAAUUAUUACUUGAACGUUUUGGUAAUAAACAGGUUAUGAUUUCUAGUUACAUGGACGCUUUGAUUGAUUUGUCUCCAGUUUCUAAUUCUAAUGAUAUUAAACGUAUUCGGUCUCUUUUUGAUUCAAUUGAAGUUAGUAUAAGGAGUCUUGGUUCUCUAGGUGUAGAUUCAAACAGUUAUGGUUCUAUAUUGGGUCGUAUAAUUUUGAAGAAAGUUCCUGAAGAGUUUAGAUUGAUUAUUAGUAGACAGUGUGAUAAAGAUAAGUGGAGUAUUGAUGAGUUGUUGGCUUUGUUAAAAGAUGAAUUGGAAGCUAGAGAAAGAAUCAACCUAAUGAAUCCUGCGUCCAGUUCUAGUUCAACUUCCAGCCGCCCAAGUUAUUCAAGAAAACCAGAUUUUAGAUAUAAACCACAACCAACAACUGCAUCAACCCUACAUUCCAGUGCCACUCCUAGUAUAACUGAAGAAGAUCGUGGCUAUAGUAUGUUCCUACAAGACACUGGUUUUGAUUGUUCAAGUGUGUUAGGCCAAAAAUGGGACUGUCAAUUAGAUAUGUUUCAGUUUCAGUUUGAUAAAGUAUUGUCUAAUGCAGAACCUAUUGUGAUAUCCAAGAGAAGUAUAUUGAGUACUACUGCUAAGUUUUAUGAUCCAGUUGGUAUGAUAGCUCCAAUAGUUGUUUUGUUCAAGAUUGGUUUUCAGUUGGUUGCAGUAGCAAUCAGUUCCAGAACCAAGGCUGGUGAAAUUAAUCCAAAAGACGCCAUGGACGCAGUAUCAAAAGUAUGUGCCGACCACGUCACGAAUCAACAACCACCAAAUAAGGAUACCAAACCAAAGAGGAAGAGAUCCAGCACGGAUGUUCCGAGGACUGACGUAGUGGGUCAAUCAGUGGAAACGCCAAGAAAAGUUUAUACAGCUGAACAUCAAUGGCUUGAACGUACCUGA